AUGGCAGACGUUACGGACCGUGCUCGUGUCGCCGAGAUCGAGGAUAUUCGAGAUGAUAUUGCUCUUAAUGAGGGCCUUCUUGAAAGUCUGAACGAUAACGACGAUGGCGACUCGGAUACGGAAGACACCAAGGCUCUCAUAAGAAAUAACCUCAAGCAGCUCAAAAAGCGUCUUCAUCUGUUGCAGCCUACCCCCAAUGAAGACGGCGAUGGCGAGCCACUCUCAAGAGUCAAUAUUCAUGAAAUCCCAAGCGCCAAUACAAGACCUAGAAGCAGCCAUGCUCAGACUCCCAAUCACGGUUUCUCUCCCAGACCUAGCGACCCCAUGCCUCCGCCAAACUACGAUCUAGUAAAUCGCAAACGACUCAGAGACGAUGCCAGUUUCCAUGAUGAGGUUACCGGGCCCUCUUCUAAAUCUCGACGGACCACGCCAAGUUCAUCGGUCACUGCUGCACCCUCUCCUGCCGACUCUACGAACAGCCUCGAUAGUCUCGACUUUGAUGAUCCAUUCAUAACCUCCUUGUUCGGCGAUCUAUCGAAGGAUGAGGCAGAGCGUCAUCGUGAGUUCUGGAAGAAGCAUGAAGAGCGGAAGAAGCAACAAGAAGAAGAUGCCAGACUUGCAAGAAUACUAGCUCAAGGGCAGGACGAUGAUAGCUUCACGUCCACACCGCCCACUGGCUAUGCCCGCCCAUCAGACUAUACCCAAUCUUUCUUCAAGACAGACGGCAGCAUAAAUCGUCUCUCAACCAAACCAGCUCCGCCAAACCAUGAAAGCCCGUCGGCGUCCAUGGUCAGACAUCCAUUUAUCAGCAACUCUACUUCAGUCAAACAAGAGCCCAGAGCGAGUCAUCCAAACGUGGCAUCCAUCAAAUCGGAGUCUGCGUACAAUUUGAGUCAUUUGUCGAGUUCCGACCCAUAUGCAUCUAGCUCCAGACCGCCCUUCACUCCUGCCCAGAAUUCUGGGCGCAUUGCCACGACAAACGGCAUCAAAUCCGAGCCCGCUCACUAUUCGUCGGCGCCGAUGAUACCUGGCAGCUUCCCAGGAGCGCAAACAUAUGCUAGCAUUGGCGGGAUUCCGGUAUAUAACUCGUCAUCAUAUAACGGUUCUGCUUCGACACCGGGCGGGUCUCAUCGUAUCGGAAACAACCAGCCAUAUGUUCCUUCAAGCGGUGCUGAGGCUGGCUUUGGCUUUGGCUUUGGCAACACAAGAGUUUUCGAUCCACUCGCCCACUUGCGGUCUGAAUAUCAAGAUCCAGCUCAGACAAAGGAAGAACUACAAGACCUGCUGAAGCAUAUCAGACCUGACGAAGAGUUCGGUGCUGACCAAGUUGCUGUGCAGCCAGAUGGCUUGAAGGUGACUCUGAUGCCACAUCAGCUUUAUGGACUGACUUGGAUGAGAAUGAUGGAGGAGGGCACCAACAAGGGCGGCAUUCUUGCCGACGACAUGGGACUGGGGAAGACCAUUCAGAGCAUUGCUUUGAUGCUUGACCGUCCGCCACCUGAAAACAAACACCGCCCGACGCUUGUCGUCGCUCCAGUCGCGCUGAUGCAUCAGUGGAAGAAAGAGCUUGAGAAGAUGGUCCGUUCGAGACGUCGCCUCAAUGUUUUUGUUCUGUACGGAGAGUCCAGAAGAACCACUUGGUCUGCUCUGAAGGCGUACGAUGUCGUUCUAACAACAUACGGUCUGUUGACGUCUGAACUCAAGCGCAAACUGGCCUGGGAUGAGAAGCUGAAAUUGGUUCCGGACGCGCGACCUAGGCCUUACGAAGAAUGCCCCGUACUUGGGGAGCGAUCUCACUUUCACCGUGUGAUUCUCGAUGAAGCGCAGUGGAUCAAAAACCGAAACACCAAGGCUGGUCUCGCUGCUUGUCGUAUUCAAUCCGAUUAUCGCUGGGCUCUUACUGGCACUCCCAUGCAGAACAGUGUGGAAGAGCUGUUCAGCCUGGUCAAAUUUUGUCGGAUUCGACCUUACAAUGAAUGGAGCCAGUUCAGCAGCGACAUUGCUCGGCCGCUGAAAAACCGGAAUGGAAACAAGGAUAAAGCUAUGACGGCGCUGCAAGCGCUGCUUCGGGCGAUAUUGCUGCGACGUACCAAAAGCUCUAAAAUCAAUGGUGAACCUAUUCUUCAACUUCCGCCCAAGACAAUCAAAGAAGAAAGAGUGACUUUCGACGAGGAUGAGCUGGCCUUCUACCAAAGCCUGGAAUCCAAUGCUCAGAUCCAGUUCAACAAAUACAUCCAGAGAGGAGGCAUAGGCAAAAACUAUUCUCACGCGCUCGUUCUGCUCCUACGGCUCCGCCAAGCCUGCUGUCAUCCUGGUCUUGUUGUUCAAAGCAAGGACUUUCUUCAAGGGGCAGGGAAUUUGGACACCGAUGCUCUGCUGGACAACGCUGCCGAGCUGGAUCAGAAAGUUGUUAGCCGCUUGAAGGAGAUUGACGCCUUUGAAUGCCCAAUCUGUAUGGAUGUUGACGAGAACCCCGCCCUGUUCCCUUGCGGCCAUGCACUCUGCAGCGAUUGCCUUAGUCGUUUGAUUGAUCAGGCCACCAGUGACAAUGACGUCCUUCCUACAUGUCCUCAUUGUAGAGCCAAAAUCGAUGCCAACAAAAUCACCGACAUUACAAGUUUUCUUCGUGUUCAUUGUCCGGAUCGAGCACCAGCAGAGACUAAAGAUGAAGAGGACGAGGAUGAUGAUGAUUGUGAUGACACCGAAUCCGAGUCUGACUCUGAUGGUUCGGACGAAGGCGGCGAUUUGAACGGUUUUGUUGUACCCGACGAUUUCGAGGAGCAGUCUGAAGAUGAGAGUAAGGCAAAGAAGCGAGUCUCGAAAUCUCGCACGGGAAAGAAGAAGUCCAAGUCCAAGUCGAAAGAUACGUUGCAUUCGCGCGAUGCCUUCAAAUCCCUUGCCCAGCUUCGGAAGGAGGGGCUGAAGAGCAAAUCUGCGAAGCGAAAGUAUCUUAGGCGUCUACGCAAAAACUUUCAGACGUCGGCCAAAAUCACCAAAACCAUUGAACUUUUGGAGGAGAUCAAGGGUCGUGGGAAGAACGAGAAGACCAUCAUAUUCUCCAACUUCACAUCGUUUCUCGAUCUCCUCGAAGUUCCUCUGGUCGAUCAUCGAGACUUUCGCAACUACGUCCGGUACGACGGAUCAAUGUCAGCGACCGAACGGAACAAUGCCGUCAUGGAGUUCACAGAGAACCCGAACUGCAAUGUCAUCCUUGUGAGCCUCAAAGCAGGCAAUGCUGGCCUUAAUCUUACUGCCGCAAAUCAUGUGGUGAUGCUCGACCCGUUCUGGAAUCCGUUCGUGGAAUUCCAGGCAGCCGACCGAUGUUACAGAAUUGGCCAAACCCAGGAGGUGACGGUCCACCGAGUCUUGAUCGGUGAAGGAGGCUCCGAAGACAAUGAACCCAAGCCUGGAGGAUUCACCGUCGAGGAUCGAAUCUUGUCGCUACAGGAGAGAAAGCGUGAACUGGUCGAAACUGCGCUCGAUGAGACGGCUGGCCGUAAUGUGGCCAGGCUCAGUGUCCGAGAGCUGGGUUACCUAUUCGGUCUUUCUACCUAA